UCGGCACCUCAACAAGGCAUUCGGUUUGAAACGGACAAUCUUUUACAAUCGGAAAGAAGCAUCCUAUUUUAAAAGAAAGAAGCGUCCUAUUGUCCCAAGGCAUAAAGAUCUUGCCGGCUGAGGAACACACUGGAUGUUGCACAGCUCGUAAGAAAACAGAAUAACAGAACAGUAACACGGCUCAAGUGUAGUCCAGUCUCCGAACUUAAAAUAGUACAAUGUUAACAAGGACUUGAAUAACACACUUUUUUGUCAGGUAACAUAUCCUCUGCUGUCAUUAUUGUAGUCACUUCAAAGUAUAUUGGAUACUUUAAAACAAGUGUUUAGCACAGAAAGUGCAGGCGCACAAUUACUCAGUGCUCCUUCCUGUCCGUGAGUUUAGUAAAGUUCCUUGUCCCCACGUCUUUUGUGCAUGAUGGAAGUGACGACUUUGUCGGAGUGCAACAUGAUGCAAAGCAACUUUUCCUCUAACUAUACAUCCAAUAUCUCCUUCUCCCUGAACAACCUUACGUGUGGGAAUGGAUCUUGGCCUCGGGAAAUUGUUUCGCAACGCACGAAAGAUUUGGAGUAUUCUGUGAGAAUUCUGCUCUACUCUCUGAUUUUUCUGCUCAGUGUCUUUGGAAACACACUGAUAAUUAUCGUCUUGAUCCUGAACAAGCGUUUGCGAACUGUCACCAAUUCCUUCCUGCUCUCUCUGGCCGUGAGUGACUUGAUGGUGGCUCUUUUCUGUAUGCCAUUCACCCUUAUUCCCAAUUUACUUGGAGACUUCAUUUUUGGUGCAGCAAUGUGCAAAACUGUUGCCUAUUUUAUGGGUAUCUCUGUAAGUGUAUCCACAUUCAGUCUGGUGGCCAUAGCAAUUGAGCGAUAUAGUGCCAUUUGUAAUCCUCUGAAAUCGAGAGAAUGGCAGACACGAUCUCAUGCCUAUCGGGUCAUUGCUGCCACUUGGAUCCUAUCUCUCAUCAUCAUGAUCCCUUAUCCUGUUUUUAGCAUCUUACAAACAUUUGUCAAGUCAAAUUAUUCCAUUGGACACACUUGUCGCCUUACCUGGCCUCAUAAUCAGGUGGAGCAAGCCUGGUACCUCCUUUUGUUGUUUGUUCUAUUUUUCAUCCCUGGCAUUGUUAUGAUAAUUGCCUACGGGCUCAUUUCCAGAGAGCUGUACCGAGGAAUUCAAUUUGAACUGAGUCAGAAGAAAGAAGCUACAGCUCACAAAAAUGGUAUCAAUGGAUUGGGAAAUGUAUCUGUGACCUGUGAUGAAGGGGAUGGAUGCUACAUUCAGAUGACAAAGUGCCAGAAUUCAAUGGAAAUGUCCACUCUGACCCCAGGUGGAGGCACCAAGUUGGACAGAGCACGCAGUAACACCUCUGAGGCAAAGCUAAUGGCUAAAAAGCGUGUCAUCCGAAUGCUGAUUGUCAUUGUGGCAAUGUUUUUUGUCUGUUGGAUGCCUAUUUACAGUGUCAACACCUGGCGAGCCUUCGACCGUCACUCAGCCAACAUGGCCCUUUCAGGAGCACCCAUUUCCUUCAUUCAUUUGCUUUGCUAUACUUCUGCUUGUGUCAACCCCAUUAUCUACUGCUUCAUGAAUAAACGUUUUCGCAAAGCUUUUCUGGCCACAUUUGCCUGCUGCUGUAAGCCAUGUCGACGCUUUCGAGAGAUAGAAGAGGAUGCGGUUGCUACUGGAACUUCACUGUCCAAAUUUAGUUAUACCACUGUAAGCACACUGGGACCAUCAUGAACUUAAAAAUAAGAUAUUGCAGUUAGGCUCCAUCAUACUGCUGCAUGCUUUCAAACUAGGCAUCAUUAGCAUUAAAAUAAUGUUUAUUUUUCAAAUUUUGCAGUGCCUCAAUGUCAUCUUUAUACUGUGCAUUUGAUUCUGGCUUAAACUAAUCUCAACCUGCCUUGGAUGUCAGUUGUUUUCCAUUUUUAGAAUGUUAAUGAACCAAUGCACCAAAGCUAAUUGUUAUUACCUGCUUUAACAAGAAGAAAAAGAAUGUUUAUUUUUGUUCAUAAUAUGAGUGAUUUCAUUAUUUUACUGUCUAUUGGCUACAAAUGGUACUUAUUGCUUUGUUCAUAACAUUAACUGCCAUGAUUGGCAGACAGAGAAUGACUGGUCUAUCCCAGUUUAUUUUUGCAUUCUCACACCUCUAGGGUCUUGGCUUUGAAUCCUGGCCACGUUACUAUGUCUACUAUGUGUGGAGUUUUCUCUGUGUGCUCAGUUCACUGUGUUCACAAAGACAUGUACAUUAAAUUGACCUCACCUAUAAUUCUUUAUGGCUGUGUGUAUGUGUGUGCAACCUGUGAUGGACUAGUAUUCCAUCCCAGGUAAGUUUCUACCUUAUUCCAGAUUCUUUUGGGAUAGGACUCACCAUAGGCCUUUAAUGUAUUAUUUAGGGUGGAAAAUGAAUGAACAUAUAGACGAUUAAAUCUUGCAGUGUUACUCACAAGUCAUCAAUGACAGUGGUUCUCAACUUCAGUCCUGGAGGCUUCUUGUGACUGCAUUUGUCCUAACCCAUUUCUUCUCUUAACUGGACUACUCCCUUAAUUAAGCAGGCCCUUAUUUCCUUGCUUCUAUGUUUUUUGCA